AUGGGUCGGAGGGAACUUGUCCCUCGCCCCAACGUGCGGAAUCUAGCCUUUCUGGAUCCGUCAUCUGGAGGAGCCCCUACGUCUACUUUCGUACUUCGAGACACAGGAUGCCAACAAUGGACCAUAACUUUAAAACGCAAUAUGGUCCGGUACUUUAUGCAUCUCAACUUGUUCAUGGACGUCGUGACUAGUUCGUCGAUCGCAGGCGCUGAUUUGCAGAGGGGCUUGCCUAUCCCUGUGACAGCCGAACUACUGCAUCCUUGUUCACAAUCACAGACCCCAACCCAGGCCAAUGGCAUUGUCAUGCAGGCGGACUGCUGCGAACAGCAUCCCACCACGCAUGAUGGUGCCGAAACAAGAUGA